AAAGCACACAGUCACAUUGACAGACAAAGUAAUUCGUCUCACGUAACGAUCCCACCCUUGCCGUCUCCAUUCGAGCGACCCACACCACCAGAACAAUGGCUGAGCCUCAACCCCCCAACGUUCACGAGGGCGCAACCACUGGCGACGUCGAGGAUGAGGUCACCCAGGCCAAGUCCGCCGAGGACCGCAAGGCAGCUGCUGCCAUGUCGCGGCUCGACGACAACGACGACGACGCCGGCUCUGCCCAGGUAGACAAAGACGCCUUGAAGGGUUUGAGCUUGGGUGGCAGUGGUGCCGGUGCCGCCAAGACCGAGGUCAAGAAGGUGAAGAUCGAUGCUGCCGAUGUUACGUUAUUGGUGGACCAACUGGACCUGCCGAAAUCAAAAGCUACCGAACUAUUGAAGGCCCAUGAUGGCGAUGCUGUCAAGGCUAUGAGAGCACUCUUCACUGCGCCUUGAACAUUGCAAUGAGGUUGGCAACAUGAAAACAUAGUCCGCAUUGGAUACGACGUCCUUGGCUUCGACCCUCCAAUAAAGAAAAAAGUAGAGCGUAUAGAUACCCUUGUUCGUAUGGGAUUGGCUGGGGAAAUUAUGUCAGUGAAUUCACCAUUGUGGAUGGACACUUACGAGCAACUGUGCUGAGGAAAGAUCU